ACCGACAAAACAUUAUCAGAAGCAAGGUACUACAACAUCUUAAAGCUAAAGUUUCAGUAACAGCAGCAAAAUGAAUAGAAAGCAAAACAAACAGCUACUCUGCAUGAUGGAUGACAUACCUUUCAUAGCUGAAGAAACCAGCUUGCUUCUUCUUCAACAAUGGUUCACAAAGAACAUCACAACGACAUUCUUCAAGUGCACCAGAUGGCAACUGGAGGAAACCAUGGAUCUCCUCAACUGCCCCUUUCAUUACUUCUGCGACAGCACCUAUGCCGGAAACCUCCCUCCAUUCAUCGACCUCUCGGCACUCACCUUCGUUGCACUCUCCUUUCUCUCAGCUGCAGCUUUCACAGCAUUAGAAUUCAGAACCGGUGGAGAAAUCUUUGGGAGGAGAAGAUUGAAGAGAAGGUAUUUCUUGCCUUCAGGUCCCAUAGUGCUGCCAUUGAUGCUCUUAGUACUGGCCAAUGGACAGAGAAUCAACACUUUGUUUCCACUCUCACAAAUGGGGCCUUCAAUCCUCCUCCUCAUUCACGUUUCAGCUCUUGCAUUCGAGAACAGAAGUGAUCAGAGAAGCAUAAGAUAUGCAGUGUUAGAAGCUUCGACUGUUUCCGGUAUUCUGCAUGCGAGUCUGUAUUUGGAUUCAGUUAUUCUGCCUUACUACACAGGACUGGAUGCUAUAACCAAGUCCAUCUUCUCCAGCGAGUGUCCGUCAUGCGUGUGCCGGAAAGAGGAACUGGUGGUCGGAGGAAGGCUGGUGAGUUACAGGGGUUGUUCGAAGACGACGCUGGUCAUCAUUAUUGCAUUGUGUUCAAGAAUGUUGUGCAGGAUAUGUGGGGAAGAGAGACUAAGUUGG